AUGUCUCCCAUCGCUAUCUCAGCCCCUGCCGUCUACGGCGAGGUCGAUUACACCGAUCUGAAAACGAAAGUCGUCGCCAAAACAGUCGAGAUCGAGCCAACACCCGUCGUCGUCAAAGAUGAUUUUAUGUAUGACUUCAAGUACAACCAUGGUCUGCCGACCUCGGACGUACUUGGAGUGAGUGUUCCGUCCGACUGUGACGCUCGGGAAGCAGCUGAAAGCAUUGUCUCGAGUCUCUCUGAGGUGAUGGGAAGGCGGGAUGCCGCUGGCUUUGCGAACUUAUUCUGGGAAUUUGGUGUCUGGCGCGACAAGCUUUCCUUCACCUGGGACUAUCGCACUUUCAACUUCCAACCAGCAAUUUUGAAAGCCGCGACUGAUCUUUUCGCACGGACGACUGCGAGCAACUUUGAGUUCCUCGCCCCUGCACCGCAGAUUUCGCGCCCUUACGAGGACUAUUGCCAGCUCCAAUUUGUCGUGUCCUUCGAGACGGAGCUGGCCGUCGCGUCUGCGGUCAUCAAUGCCGUAAUGACUAAAGAUGGCUGGAGGAUCUACACGAUGCAUUCCGUUGCGGAAGAGCUCAAGCAAUUCCCAGAGAAGGCGCCCAGAGAUGGCCAUAUGAUCGGCCUCCAGAGCUGGGAGAAGGAACGGGCGCAGACGAUCGAUGCUGCUAGCCCCGAAGUUCUCAUCAUAGGUGGUGGGCAGAAUGGCCUUGCUCUUGCAGCUCGUUGCCAGGCUCUUGGCUUGGACAGUCUCAUUAUCGAGCGAAAUGAAGAGAUAGGGGACGUCUGGAAGAAGCGCUACGAGUACCUCUCACUACACUUUCCCCACUGGGCAGAUGACCUGCCCUACUUCACCUACCCCAAACACUGGCCGACAUACACUCCUGCCCAGAAGCAGGGAAAAUACAUGGAGUGGUACGCCUCAGCUCUCGAGCUCAACGUGUGGUGUAAGUCCACAGUGGUAAAAGCGGAACAGACCAACGGACAAUGGACUGUGGUCAUCAACAAAGAUGGAAAGGAGCAGCGAACUCUCCAUCCGAAGCACCUGGUCAUGGCCACCUCUCUCUGUGGAGUUCCGACAACUCCUGUGGUCCCAGGCAUGGCUGAUUUCAAAGGCACUAUUCGGCACUCAACCGCACACGACUCCUCGCGUGGCUUCAAGAAGGUCUGUGUGGUUGGCACGUCUUCCUCUGGAUUCGACACCGCCUACGAAUGCGCCAGGUUAGGCAUCGAUGUGACCCUUCUCCAGCGCUCACCGACCUACAUCAUGUCCCUCGAGCAUUCGGUCCCCAGAAUGAUCGGAAACUAUGCACCCGACAACCACGGAAAGCGACGCAGUCACGAGGAGCUGGAUCGUCUCAUGUUCGCCAUGCCUACCGGUCCAGGCGAGGAGCUUGCGCGGCGCACUGCCAAGACCCUGGAGGAUCUAGACCGUCCUUUGCUUGAUGGUCUCAAUGCUCGAGGGUUGAAGACCUUUCGCGGUCAGCGUGGUACUGGAAAUGCCACACUUGGCUCGACGCGCAAUGGUGGAUUUUACUUCGAAGCUGGCGCAUGUGAGCAGGUCAUCAAGGGUAAUAUCAAGGUCGAGCAGGGUUCUAUUGAGCGGUUCACAGAGGACAAGGUUAUUCUGUCUGGUGGGAGAGAACGAGAUUUCGACCUCGUUGUCUUCGCGACUGGCUUUUCGAACGUCAUCGACUCUGUGCGCGCCACCCUGGGUGAAGAGAUCGCAGCUGGGUGCGGGCCGAUCUGGGGCGUUGAUGAGGAGGGAGAGCUGCGAACCGCAUAUCGACAGUCUGGAGUUCCUAAUCUGUGGUUCAUGAUCGGGUACUUGCCUAUGACGCGGUACCAUUCGAAGCUGCUGGCGCUACGAUUGAAGGCUCUGACGGAGGGCGUCGGUCAUGCUCCCUACUUGGAGUAG